UGAUGCUGAGAAGACAGCUGUGAUUGGUCCGUCUCUGUGGGUGUUUCCGCAUUCCGCAAACAGCUGUCGGCAGAAGCGCGAAUUGGGAAGGGGACUGUCGCACCUACGAAAGAAUAAACCUUCUCAGUCAUUCCCAGGGGAGUAACUGUCCAUCGCCAGGGAGCAGGGAUGCCUUAUAUGCUCAUCACUACGCAGAUCCGACUGGAAACUGGUCCAACAAAUGUGGGAGAUGAAUAUUCUGAUCCAGCUAUUAUGAAUUACCUGGGAGCAAGAAAAACAACCAUGCUGGGAAACAACUUUUCCGAGUACCAUGUGGACGACCCGCCUCGCCUGGUGUUAGACAAGCUGGAGAAGAUUGGCUUUCGCGUGCUGACGAUGACAGGAGUGGGACAGACGCUGGUUUGGUGCCUACACAAGGAGACCGAGUGACUGGUCAUGGACCAAGUCUUGACUGUAUCAAAAUACCUCUAUCUCUUCAGAAAGGAUGAACGAAUCACGCCGAAAAGUGCUGUCAACUUUUUUAUAACUUUGGUUCUCUGCUCUACAUUUGCAAAGUGAAAAUAAAGUUUGAAAGUUGAGAUUAUCCUGGAUGCAAGGUUUCGGAUUACCUUGAACAGGUGAUGAUAGGUCCCCAAUUUCAGGGAAAUAGUAAAUCUCUAUUCCAGAGAUUUUAUGACCCUUUGCCCAUAGUGCCCAAAUUCUGCCUGUGCAAAAGGCCUCAUCCAGUUCUUUCUUCUGAAUAAAUAAAUAAAAUACUCAUUUGUACUUGCAGCACAGCUUUUUUUGUAAGUUUAUUAUAUGCUUAAGAUUAAGAUAUAUAAUUAUAUAGAUUGCUUGUUUACUUAGUAAAAAAGAAAACAUGCAAUCCAUAUGUUUACCACUGAAGAAAAUUAAACAUGUAUUUAGCUGUCUGCUAAUCCAUCAAAGAGACGCUUAUCAAAUAUCACAUGUAAAAACAAAAAGAUUAACAUGUUUGUACUGCGAGCUCUUGCAGCUCUGUGACACCUUACUUGUAAUAAAUCUACUUUAAACCGACUUCAGACUGUCCAGAAUGCUGCUGCGAGGCUCCUCACAGGAACCUCUAGAUCAGCUCAUAUCACUCCGGUUUUGUACUCACUUCAUUGGCUACCAGUCAAGGUCAGAGUUGGUUUUAAAAUUUUAGUGCUGACGUUUAGAGCACUACAUGGGCAGGUCCCCCAGUAUAUUACUGAUUUGUUGGUUCCACAUUCUCCCAAACGUACUCUUCGUUCCUCAAAUCAGCCCCUUUUGUUGGUCCCAAAAACUCGCUUUAAAUCUCAGGGGGACCUGUCUUUUAAGGCGGUUGCUCCAAGAUUGUGGAAUGCUCUGCCCUUGUCUUUACGUAUGGCCGAAUCUGUUGAGGGUUUUAAAAAGCAGCUGAAGACACAUUUAUUUAGACAGUUUUUUAAUUGAAUGAGUUUACAGAUUUUUAUGAUCUGUUUUUAUUCUGUUAUUUGAAUUGCUUUUAGGUUUUAUCUAUAUUAUUCGUGCUGAUUAUUAUUAUUACUAUUCUGUGAUGUUGUGAAGCACUUUGUGAUAUUGUCUGUGAAAAGUGCUAUAUAAAUAAAGUUUACUUACUUACUUACCUUACACGGAUGUUGCAAGCCCCGAUCCUGGGCACUAGCACUGCAGGUACAUGUCAUGAUCCUACCCCUCCCUGCUUCCAGCUCACCCAGACUCCUGGUAACAUCACCUCAUUUAACACAGUGGUUUCACCUGCGCCUUAAUCCUGCUCACCUGUUUCCCACAGUAUAUAGCAGCUCCUCACUCUGUGGGGAGCUGCCAGAUUGUUCUAUGCCCCGUCUAGACUUUCCAGCGUUACUAACUCUUGUGCCUGACUACCUGGAGAUCGACACCCUGGUUGUUACACCGACCUGUGAGUUUGCCUCUCCCCUCUUGUCCACCUGCUCUCCUGAUACCGACAUCCUGCCUAAACCGACCUGCGAUCCUGCCUUGCCUACCCUGCUGCCUUGCUGGAGAGUACGACCUCGGACCGAACUGACCCUGCUUCCUGGCUUGUCCCUGAAAGACUGUUACUGUUUCUGCCUGUGUCAAAGAGAUAUUAAAACCAGUUCUACUGUCGCAGCUUGCUGGCUCUUUAAUAGGGUUCACACACCUAC